UCUUCCCAUUUUUCUUCACCGAUGGGUUUAUUUAUCUGUCAUUAUAAGACCUUCAUUUUGUCUGGAGAUUUGACCUCGUAAAAGUGAUUCUGUGGGGAAAAUCGCCGGAUGCGUUGGACAAGUGUCAUAUGCUCUGUACAUACCGUAAUUUUGUUGAUGGAGAGGAUUUCGAAUGACAGCCGGCACAGUGGUCAUCACAGGUGGAAUUUUAGCAGCAGUCAUCUUGCUGACCAUCGUCACAGUUCUGUGUUACUGUAGGCUGCAGUAUUACUGCUGUAGAAGAGACGAGUUGGAGGAGGAGGAAGAUGAGGAGGAGGCCAACAUUGCCAAGUCAUCUCCAACUCCACUGCGCCACCUGAGUCUACCAGAGAGUCCACUGAGUCUCCAACACUUCCCCGAAUACGCCUCUUCCAGUCAGCUGCUAAUGACUGCAGAGCCCUUCGAGGCCAACGGACCGCUCAGCUUUCCUCAAUACAACCCCCGAACACCCUACAAGACGCCCCGCUCCUACACGUUCUGCCCGUCCUGCUCGGGGUACCUGCCGCUCUACAUGAGCCCGCAGGAGAGUCUGCGAAACGGAGGAGGAAGGAUCAGCUACAGGACUCUGCAGCAGGAGGAGCUGGAGCUGCCCAUGGACACCCCGAGCUUCCACAAACUCAACCUGAUCCGCUCGCUCACCAUGCAGGAGGUGUUGACCCCUCACAGCGUCAGCACAGACGUGUAGCCGCUCCAGGGUUGUGUGCUUCACAUUCGUUAUGCUGCUUUGUUUUGUUACA